AAAAUCGCGUUUAUUCAACAUUGAGUAAAAGUACGCAAAUAAUCACUGUAAAAACGUUGCAAAGUUUAAGGUUUAUCAACGUUAGAUAUAAACUGCUUUUUAAGCUAUUACAAAACAACGUUUAUUCAAUGUUACAUAUACCAACGUGGUAAUAAAAAAAAACGUGGAAAAAGUGUUACUUUGCCAACGUUAAUAAAUCGUUGUUUUAACAACGUUGAGGAAGUAGCACAUUGACAAUUAUUGUCUCAUUAACUAGCCAUUACAAAUAUAAUUUGCCGUUAUAGAAAGGCAUGGAAAACUUAAUAGAAUGCAUGCAGAUGGUAACCUUUUUAAUGGCUUUACAAUCUUGGGUUUUAGUUGUUUAUUUUGAAAACGAGAUUGAAGCAGAGGCAGUUGUUCCAUCUUGUUGGGUAAAAGAUGGUUGGUUAUUUUGGCCAACUGCUGUUCAUCCAAUGAGAGCUGCCUAUAAUAAGUUUCCAGUUGAUGACUCCUGGAACAAGCUUAGAGUUAAAAAAAUUAAAGUAACUGGAGGUCAUUAAGUUUUGCUGUAUUCAUUGCUAUUUUAAUUUUUUUAUAUGAAUAAAAAUACUAUUAUAGUUUUAUAUGAAGUACAAUAUCAAAUAAACUUUUCUCUUUCUAUAUUUGGAUAAGUAAUAUUUUGAAUCUGUUUUUAUUAUUUUUGCUUAGAUAUAAAUUAUAAUCUCUUUACACUUAUUUUACAUUUUAGUUUUUUGCAUUAUUGUUUAUAUUUGUUUUACUAAAUAAUUACUAAUAGAUAAAGUAGUAUGUGAAGGGUUUAAUUUCACAACUACAGAGGACUCUGAAGAAGAAUGUGAGUAAUUAUGUUUGGAAAUAAUUGUGUUUUUCUUCAGAUUAGACUUUUUUUUGUUUUAUAAAUGAUAAAGAAUAAAUAAAAAAAGGAACUGUAUGUAUUUUGAAAAAUAAAUAUGUAUUCAUGUUUUAUCUUAAAGCAUGUAUAUUAAACACUCGAGAAAAUCGUUCAAGAUCACUAGUUUAUCCUGAUGUAACAAAAUCAACAAGAGAUCGUUCACGCUCCCCGAUUGUUCAAUCAGAGAUAGUCAACUUUGAAAUUAAUAAUUCAAAAUCACCUAAAUUACCUCUUCAUCCUAAAAACAUAAAGAAUUCUAAAAGUUCUGAUUAUGUUCACAAAAAAAAUUGGAUUCAUCAAAUUCAUCUUCUCCAGCUUUUUUGGCCGGAACUUCUAAACAGUCAAUUAGUGCGUCUUCUCAGUUUCCUUUAAGUACUGAAAAAUUUAAGAAAAAGGUUUUUAAACAACUUUAAGAAAUUAAAAAUAUGGUAAAGGAUCUUCAAAAUGUUUCUUCAGUUGUAUCCGAAGAUCUGCAAAUAAAUGCAUUAAAUUCAAUAGAACAACUUAUGGAGGUAGAUGCUACCUUGAAUGACAGUGUCAUUUUUUCUAAAUGGGUAUCGCAGAUAGCGAAAAUUGGUGGAGUCAACUUAAAAGAUAAUGUAAAACGUGUUAUUGAGCGGCUGUUAACAAUUGAGUUGCGCUGUUUGUUAAACAUGAAGGAGCAAACUAAUUCCACAAACAAAACUAAACAAAAGUUGGCUUUUUCAAAGACAAAAUUGUAUCGUGUUUUAGUUGAUGAGAACUUAAAUGCCUACAUCUAUCCAGAACAUCAAUUAAAGCAAAGUCUUUUGAUAUCUGCUGGAGUAAAAUGCAUAAAUCAAUUUGCAUUGGACUACAUGCAUUUGGUAUGUUUCGGUGUGGUCAAACGAAUUUCGCUAUUUGUAACAAAAGAAGGACCAAGCAUUUGUAAAUUAUCUCAAAAGCAAAAAGAACAAAUCUCAUCAAACCUAGAACAAUUAAAAGGUACACUUUCAAGCGAGUUUGCAAGGUAACCAAGGACAUUAAAAAAUCUCCCUCAUUACAAAGCUACUGAGUUUAGGCAGUUAUUAUUAUUUACUGGUCCUUUAGUGCUGAAAUAUUUAUUUUCGAAGCUACAAUAUGAUCAUUUUAUGACACUUCAUGUUGCAAUAUCUAUUUUGAUUAAUUCAGAUGAUGAAGGUAGAACAUUCAAAUUAUGCAAAAGAACUUCUUAUAUUUUUUGUUUUAAAAUCUGAAGAAAUAUAUGGGAGAGAGUUUGUUGUAUAUAAUGUGCAUAACUUAGUUCAUUUAUGUGAUGAUGUUAUUUACUUUGACAAAUGUUUAGAUUCAUUAUCGUGUUUCCCUUUCGAAAAUCAUUUGCGAGUUUUAAAAAGUUUUAUACAUAACGCUAAAAAUCCAAUAUUGCAAGUUUUCAAACGAGUUUCUAAUUUAGAGAAAACAUUUAAAAAAUAUUCAAGUUAAUAUCAAUACACUGUUAUUUCUUCAAAAAAUGCAUUCUUGUUUUUUACUAAAUAAUGGCAAGUACGUUUUUAUAAAGGAAGAUAAGGGUUUAUGUUAUGUGUGUGAUGUUGUUGAAAAAGCUUGCUUAGACAAUUUCUUUACAAUACAAUGUGAAUCCAGUUUGUUAAACAUUUAUUUUUUCCGCUUUGAAAGACUUAGAUUAAAACGGCAAUUAGUGGAGAAGUCGAGAUUAAAACGAAAAGCCAUGAGUCUCAAAACUGAAAAAGGAUGCGUUUUAUUACCAUUACAUCAUGAUGUGAAAUGGCUUUUGUAAAUAUAUGAUACAUGUUUAAAAUACAUUAUUAUUUUUCAAAAA